AUCGAGGCUGCCAAAAAUAGUUCUACUACACAUGAUGGGGAAGACGAUAAUGAUUUGUUCACAAAAUCAUUACAAGCCAAGUGGUUCAACAGCUUGGCUAACACUCUGUGCAACGACAUUUCAACUUCCUGGAAAAAUGAAAGAGGAGCGUUCGACCCGAAAGUCCUUGUUCAGAAAAUGAUUGAUGUACUGAAAGAGGAAAGUGCUGCUGAAAACAUGCAAGUGAAUGAUAUAUUUUAUCAAAGUUUGGAAGAGUUAAAAACUGAUCCUGAUUUUAGUAAAAUUAUGACGGAGUUCGACGACGCAGUGAACGGUAAAAGAAAUAUGAUGACAGUAGGUAUGUUUGGUGAUGAAUGUCCAUAUACUGGGGUUUGCCUUGUUUCGGUAGGAGGUUUUUUUCUUUAACAAUUUCAUAUUUACUAGAUCCAAAAAAUCUUUCAAAGCGUUAUCGAUGUAAUUUCAAGGUGUUUUAAGAAUUUGUGACAAAAUUUUAGUAAGUAAGUAAGUGGUUAUUUGUAGUUGACCACACACUUUUAUGUAUAAAAAAAUUCAAUUUAUCACGGAAAUAGUUUUGGUAAUUUGUUGAAAAGCGAAUGUAAUUAUGGUAUUAAAAAGUUUCAAAUGUAAACAUGCAAUCCUUUCAGUAUCGUUAACAACACAAGUUCUUAGCAAUUGCAGAGCCUUUUCGGGCGAAAGGCGACAUCCGUUUUGGAAAAUUAUCAGCCUGAUAUUCCCAGUUUUUAUUAAACUUAAAUUGAAAAACCUAGCUCCAAAAAGAGAAGGAUUCUGCAUGUGGACCGACGUAUCUUUAUUUGUCAUCUAGUAAGGGCUUAUGAAGCUACAAUUUUAGGUGCGUGUAAUUGAAGUCAGGCGCGUGGAAUUUAAAAUGCAGGAUCAUUGCGGCAUGAGCUAAUGUUAGUGCCCCUGUCUUUUGCGGAGACGAACCACACUAUGCGAAGGGGAAACAAGUCUAUUUUAACAGACAUUGUCAGAAAAGGUUAAUUGCCCGGAGUUAUAGUUACACUUUAAGUGUAUAUGACAGAUUUUUUUUUAUUUGCUAGAUCGAUUCUAAGUGAGAUGCUGAUUUCAACAUGAAAAGAUUUUUUUCGAAACCUAUUUUUUCGCCUUGUUUUAGCCGUCUAAAAGCGUGAAAUUGCACUUCCGGUUCGGUUCAAAACCGCGCAAGGUGGGGGCCUCGGGAUAGUGGUGCAGUGACGUCAAAAGCAGAAAACCGCGCAGGGUGGGGAACUGAGGCUAGUAGAGUAGUGACAUUAAAAGCAACCCAAGAAACGUAAAUAACAAAGCGAUAAGUGGUCCAGUCGUCGCGCAAACAGAACAAUUAGAGUUCUGGCAACUAACGAUUAAAAUUUGGAGAGCUUUUUAGUGCUGUCAGAUGCAGCAUCAAAUGUUUUCUAGAUUCUAGACUCUACUAGCCUCAGGUCCCCACCCUGCGCAGUUUUCUGCUUUUGACGUCACUACACCACUAUCCCGAGGCCCCCGCCUUGCGCGGUUUUGAACCGAACCGGAAGUGCAAUUUCACGCUUUUAGACGGCUAAAACGCGGCGAAAAAAAAGGUUUCGAAAAGAAAUCUUUUCAUGUUGAAAUCUGCAUAUCACUAAGAAUCGAUCUAGCAAAUAAAAAAAAUCUGUCAUAUACACUUUAAAGGAAAAGCUGCCUUGUUUAUCGAUGGCUUUGCUCUGGUAACAGAUAAUGUAAAACCAGAAAAUAGCAGACUUUGGGUGGCUCCAUGGACUGCUACGUUACGCCGUGUUACGAGGUCGAAGUGUCAUUUGAUCUUUAUCUACGACACUUCAACAAAUCAACGACAAGAAGUCGAAACCCCUAUAUAUGGACAUUAUCCGGGUCAUCGUUCUUGAUGCUGGCUAGCUCGUAGUUUUAGCUUGACACCCAUCAUUACGACAACAUUUUUCUUUCUUAUUUCAAUUGCAACUUCUUAUUGAUACAAGAAUCACAUUCGCAUUUCAACAAAAUGUAAAAACUAAAAACUAUACCUGCGAUAAGGCAAAUAUUCCGUAAGAGGGCGUGGUCAUUGUCACAUGACGGCUCCAUUAAUCAUAGAAACAGCGUAAAAACUGUCUGACAUUCUUACAAUCAUCUUUAGCGUACACUAAAAAUGCUUUGAAAGAAUUUCUGGGUCUAUUACACUUAAAAUUGUGAAAGAAAAGAAAACUCCUUAUUUGGACAGUGACGUCAUAAUUAAAUACCCCAAAACACCACUUUAACACAAGAAUUGAGCUUGGCAACAAUAAUUUUCGAAAUCAGCGUACUCGAAUUAGUCAAAAUAGCCAUGUUGCCAAAAAUCUGCCAAAAAUGCCCGUGGGUAUCACAUUUUGGCCUCUCGUGCACCUGACUAUUACUCCCAGCAUUAAGUUCCCUGGUAUCAAUACAUUUAAACACGCCUGGGCGAAGAAAGGUACUAUGAGAGUAAAGUGUUUUGCCAAAGGGCUCGACCCAACCUCGUUCCCAAGGCCAUCUCCGCUUUCAAAGCGGAGAUGGCCCUGGGAACGAGGUUGGGGCUCGACCCUGGACUGCUCAAUCCGGAGUCCAGCUUACUAGGCAGAAGACCAUCGCGUCUCUCGUUUUUAUAGUUUAUAGUGUAUAUAUAUUCUAUUUUGUUAAGGAACCGAUCUACCAGAACUUCAAAAAGAAAAAUCGGAUCCGAUCAAAGACGUCGGGCUCAAAAAAAACCCUGAGGUGAUCACCGGAGAAGAGACUGAAAAAGAGAACGACUUAAUAAGAUACAGUAAUUACAUAUCAGGAGCCGGAUCUACCUUUGGAGGUUUUAUGGCUGGUCUUCCUCAAGAUGUCAAAGAUUUAACACAAGGUACGAUUUACAUAAUCUCACAUAGGGUCAUAGUGGCACAAAUGUCAUUGGCAUGCCCUGAAAUGCAAUAGUUUUUGCAUAUACAUUUUCACAUGUAAUUACUUUUCAAUUUUAUUUUGCUUCAUUUAUUCCUUUCUUCCAUUCAUCCAUCCGUCCUGCCGUCCGUCCGUCCGUUCAUUAAUUAAUUAAUUAAUUAAUUAAUUAAAUACCGGUAGUUCAUUAAUUCACUCGUUCAUUCCUUUAUUUUUUCCUUCCUUCAGUUAUUCAUUAUACUUAGUGUCAAAUAGUACAUUCCCUCUGUUUUAUGUCAUUUAGUAAUCUCAUCAUCUGCAACACAGAGAAACUGGCCCAGUUCAUUUAUUGCAAUUUCAAUCUAGUUAUAGAGGUUUAAACCAAAUAAAAUGUAUUCUUUUCCAAACUUUUCACGUUUGGAUUUGCUUGCCCACACCGUUGCACUUAAACUAUAAAUAUUAUUUAUUUUUUUAACUUUAUAUUUUGCAUUUCUAGGAAUCAUGAAAGGCGUAAGUUACAAAUACGAUGCUUUAGCUUACAAAUUAAAGAAGGGAAUAACAGUCGAUGUUCUCAGGGAUGAAAACUUUGAAACAAUGGUCAAAUCUAACAUAGAACCUGAAGUAGAACUUCGCGUCAAGAGAACCGGCGUGAACAAUCUUGAAGAAAUGGUUAUGUCAGAUUCAUUUGACAAAAUUAAAGUUCUCCAAGGCGUUGGCGAUGAGCAAAGACUGGCUCAACAAAACUUCAAUACUCAGAAGAUAUUGGGAAAGCAAAAGGAAAGGAUUUUAUCAAGAAAAGUAGCCGGUAAAAUUUUACGUAAGGUUGGCAACGGUGUCGAGACGUCCAGUACCGCCUUUAGUUUAGCUCAGGGUGGAGUUGAUGCUGCAGCCGGAAGUGAUAUGAUUCAGAAAGCUCGUGAUUUAAGAGCUGAGGGUUCAAUUUCGGAGGGUGAAUAUAAUGAAAUGAUGAGGAAUGGUCGGCUCCGCAUUGCUCAAGGAAGCUUUGGUCUUGCAAAUGGAAUGCAAAAUGUCGUGAAAUUUGUUGGAAAAAGGGUGGAAAAGAACGUUUUAAAAAAAGCAGGUAAUGCUGGCGUAAAGCUUCUGAAGCAAACCAAACGUUUUGGGUCUUUUAUUGGCGGUGCUAUUUCGGUAGGUACGGGCAUUACGUCUAUGGCAAAAAAUGCAAUCGCUGCAAGUGACGCGGCAAAACAAGGUAUUGUUGGUAAAGCUGCCAUGUACGCAGUCAUGGCCGCUGUUGAUGGGGUUACGGCUAUUCUGGACGGAGUAAGCGUGGUUUUAGAUUUUGUUUUCCCUCCUUUAUCACCAAUCGUAGAUCUGGUCAGUACGAUUUUGCAAGUGGUGAAUACAGUUCUUGGUUUCUUUGCUGAUUUGAUCGAUUUCAGAACAACUGCACAGCGAGUGCAUGACGAAUUUACGGCAUACAUAAACUCGGAAGCGUUUAAAACUUAUGUGCAGAAUAUGGCAGAUGGAUAUAAGAGCAGAGGGUUUGACAUCUUUAAGUACUACGUAGACGCAGAUGUGGCAGGCAUAGAAGCUGACAAGGAAACAUUACAAGCCGAAAGGAAAACCAUUACAAAGUGUCUUACUGAUAAAGCAAAGGAAGAUUUUAAUAAUAAGCAAUUGCGAGUCGCACUGUUAGACGCUACAUCGUUUGGCAAAACGCUCAAGGGCCGUGCGAAUGAUGAUGAGAUUGUUGCUGGUUUCGGUCCAGAUCGUAUUUAUGGUGAAGAGGGUGAUGAUAUAUUGUUUGGACGAGGCGGAAGCGAUACCAUUUAUGGUGGUCCAGGAAAUGAUUACCUGAAUGGUGGAACAGGAAGAGACACUCUUCUUGGUGGAGAAGGGGACGAUUUUCUUGUUUGUGAGCCUGGUGUUGAUAGGCGAUGCGAAGGGGAAGGGGGAGAUGACACUUUAGCCUUAUCUGGGAAAUCUUUGAGAUUCAAAGAAGCGCUUUGGAAUAAGGACUACAUCACAAUGGGGCCAGAAUGGGAAGCCAUCUCUCGAGGUAAUCCAAGGAAAUCACCAGUCAAAGGAAUUUAUCUGGAUAUCGGAUAUACCUCAGGAACAGGCUCAAGUGCCAAAAAAGGGAGAACAGGCAUCAAUCUUGGGUCUUGUUUUCCUGGAUGGCCAGAUGGUUUUAUCCAAUUUAUUCAUAAACCAGCGUUUCUUUCUUCAAGCAGCCUGGAGAGCAGUUUGGUGAGCCUUUUCAAUCGCAAGAACCCUGAAUCCCUCAGCACUGCCGAUGAGUUAAAGAGCAAAAUGUUGUGGUUUCUGGCAGAGAAGAACGGGGUGAAGUACUUAUGUGAUGGAAUAUCCCUUUAUGCAGUGUCUGCAUCAUCCACCCGAGUCGCCCGACGCGUCAUUAAUGGUAUUCCUACCAGUUCUGCUGUCUACAGCAAUGGACGUCUAAAGUAUUCCCGAAACAAGCAACUGGAGGCCCUUUUGGUAUUUGCUUUUCGAAGAAGUUUCGUAUUCGAUAAAUUUGAAAAAAUCUCUGCUGCACGACCAGACAGGGUUGACAUCUUGUCUCACUACAUUCCAACAACUGUCAUUGGUAGCGAUGAGCAUAAUGCCAUCGAUUUGUCGUAUGGCCUUGGUGAUGUGGUGUACACUGGCGAAGGGGACAACGUUAUUUCCAUUGGAGGAACUAUAAAUUGUUAUCAUUAUACGGAAGAAACGAUACGAGAAGGUGCUUGCUAUGGAGGUUUUUACAACUGGGCCAAAUACAUUGUCGGAGGCAGCGGAGAAAAUACACUUGUUAUCCAAUAUAUGACUCCUCUUAGCGAACUGCCUUUGCCAGAUACCGAUUACGGUCGAUGGCAACUUAGAAACAUCGACAGCCCACUUGAUACGGGGUCCUUUUCAAAGUAUUCUCAUGUUGUUUACUUGAAAAACAUGCAGACUGUUGAAAUACGUGCUCCCGAACCUCAAACGUACUUCCAAGACAUCCGUAUAAAUGCCGAACACUAUGAUGGCGCAAGAAGAUAUAUUCUUAACCAUUCAUAUUUUUUCACUGGCCCUCUUUCAACUGAGAAAGAUGUAACCGUAUUGCCUAGAAGACUCAUUAACGGAUAUAACAGCUAUACGAUCAGGUUUGGUAAAGACACCAAGAACACCAUUUCCUUCAAGUAUUAUGAAGACGAGAGAAACCAAAUUGACUCCAUUAGUAUAUACCAGCGCUUAGGCUAUGAAUACGACGAAGGAUCUAUACUUUUCACACCACGAAGGUUUCUGCGGUUGGUAAAUGCAAUGAAUGUGGUCAGUUUUCCGUCGUGCAAGACCAUCACUGGUAACGACAAAGAGAACCUUCUAAUUGCUGUGGGCGGAGUAACAGCUAUCGAUGCGAAAGAUGGAGAUGACACCCUCGUCAGUACUCGCGGUAGACAUGAGUUGACAGGUGGUCCAGGUACGGAUACCUAUGUACUCCAUGGUCCUGAUGUGGUGGACUAUUUGACAAUUUCUGUUGUUAAGGGAGCUGACGGGUCAACUAUCAGAUGUAAAACAACCAUCUACGGAAAAUGGAUGGAGGCACAACGACUCGAAAUCGACGUGUUAAAACAUGAUCAUAACGAUGUUCUUUUGAACACUGUUGAGAUUAUUCCAGCCGAAGGGGACGAGGGAAAGAGCCUGGGCACCAUUUCUAAGAAUGCCGCUAACAGAAAGAUCAUUUUUAAACCUGGAUCCGAUUUUAAUUACUUGAAGAGGAAUCAAGCCAAAGUGGUGAGAAUAAAAUACACAACAACUGGGAGCAUGGCAACCAUUAAGGAAGGCGAUUAUGGAAAUCAGCUACGUUUUGAGUCCGUAACGAGUCUUGACCAUUUAGCAGCAAGUAUUGAAGACCAUAAACUGGUAUUCAAGGAUAAAUCAAAUCCGCCUCGAACUGUCCUUAUUGACCACGAAUGGGGAAAUAAGCUCCAAACUGGAGUAUCAACAAAUUUGUUUGAUCUCAUUUUAGACUUUGCUCAGCGUUUCCCAUUGAUUCUCUUUCGAAAAAAUGACCAAGAAUUUAACCGUGCGACAUCCAAAGAUACAAUAGAGUUCCUUUACAAGCAUUUGAAGCAUCUCGAGAUUUCUCUUAAGCAAGAGUACGACACAAUCCUUGAUUCCACAUCUCUUCCCUCUAAUUUUGGUGCAGAAAUUGAUGUUGGAAAUGGCCAGAAUAUUGUCCUCGCAAAAACAAGAGGAAAAACCUACAAGCUUGGUAGGAAAUCGUCUGGAAGUCUCAUCGUUGCUAAUAAAUUCACAGACGGCACAGGAAAGGCCACCAUUACAGGUGGAGAUGACCGCCGGUCGUCAUAUCAAAUCAGUCGCAAUUUGAAUACAGUGGUCAUUGGAGUUGGUUCUGGUGGAGUAGUAGACAUUCGUUUAGGAUCACAUGAUGUCAUCAUCACUAAUGCUCUCCCGAGCGAAGUUCAAAUUUACAGUGUUAAGAAGCACAACGAAGAUUAUUAUUGUCUUAAAGAUUCCAGAGGGCGAGAUUUAAUCAAUGGAUGGUACUAUGGCAACUGCAAAAAGCUGAUUUUUAAGAAAUCACAAGACACUCAGAUUAUUUUCGAUUGUUCAAAGUACGUGGCGGGUAAACUCUCCCCGUAUCAAGCGGAUUAUCCUAUCAUCGUCUCGUAUGGUGCAGAUCAGAAGCUCAAGCUUAACUUGCCAUUCAAGAAAAAUGAUGCAAGUAUUGAUUUCCAUUACCCGUACGGUUCCCGUGGGCCCAAACUUCUUUGGGUUUACUUUAAAGAGCCUCGUCCACCAAGUUUUGUUUCUGGGCGACAGCCAUACUUGCUCAUUCCAUCUGACAAAACCAGUCCAAAGGUAUUAGAUACUCGUAUGUUGGUGAACGCCAUUCGCUUCCAGUUUAAGGGGGGCAUCCAAUUCAGUGAUAACAAGUUGGUAAAGGAUGCAGCAAUCUGUCCAUUUGUCAUCGAAAAGUUGAAGAGUUCUCCUCCUCGAGGAUAUCAAUUGGAAAACCUGGACUUCAAAUGCUGA